AUACGUCAUAAAAGUUGAAUACUACCGACAGCAUGCGCUUCAUUAACAUCCACAGAAAAAACGGGUUUAAACUCUAAUAUUUAAGGUCAGCGGUGCUUAUUGAUAUAUUUAGCUGCAUUGGUCGUCUAAGUGCCACUAGCUGACACAUUUAGCCACAAUAGCUACAUCUUUAAAGGUCCAAAUGGCUUUGGCAGCUGCGCGCAGCAGGUCAGUCUUGUUUGUCAAACGCAAGAUUCUGUAUACUUUGAGGCAAUUUUCAACUAAUGACACGAUUCUAGCUGACCAGAGGAAACCACCUUCAAAGAAACAGUGGAUAAAAAGUCACAAGAAACCUCCCGGGUCUGAUCAUCUGUCCUGGGAGGAAAGGCUGGCUGAUGCGAUAACCCCUCUGUGGAGGCUAAGUUAUGAAGAGCAACUUGAGCUCAAGCAAAAACAUCAGGAAAGUAUACUGUCUCAGCUGUCCAGGUAUCUUUCCGGUGACUUAAAAUCACAGUCCUCAUCACCUGCCGAGAGUAGACCCAGCUUCCCUGUCUUGCCUGUUAAGCCGUCGCCUGUUAGGGAUGGUUACCGCAACAAGUCAACGUUUUCUGUAAACAUAGGAGUGAAUGGAAAUCCCAAAACAGUUGGUUAUUACGUGGGCACAGGCAGGGAGAGAAAUAUUGUCUGUAUCAACCCAGACCACCUGCUCAACACGCCGGAGCAGCAUAAACUGGUAGCCAGAUGUUAUCAGGACUUCAUCCGCCUCUCUUCCCUUGAACCCUGCCUGCUGUUCCACACCGGGGGUCACUGGAGAGAGGUCACAGUGAGGACCAACGCAGAGGGCCGCACCAUGGCUAUAGUGUACUUUCAUCCACAGAUGCUCACCCCAGAAGAAGUGGCAAUCCAUAAGGCUCAGCUGGUGGAUUACUUCACACAGGGUCCUGGAACCGUCUGUCAUCUGGACUCACUAUUUUUCCAGGAGAGCACCAUGACUCGCUGCACUCAUGAGGAAUCCCCUUACCAGCUGCUGUAUGGUCAGCCACACAUAUAUGAGGAGGUACUAGGCUUCAAAUUCCGCAUCUCUGCUGAUGCCUUUUUCCAGGUGAACCAGGCAGCUGCCGAGGUCUUGUACAGCACAGUGAGAGAACUGUGCGUCCCAAACCCAGAGGAAGGUGGAGAAAGAACAAAAGUCAGUGGUACUCUCUUGGAUGUUUGCUGUGGGACAGGUACCAUCGGCAUCACUAUAUCUCCCAGAGUAAACAGAGUUGUUGGUAUAGAGCUCAUAGAACAAGCUGUGGAAGACGCUAGACACAACGCAGCUCUCAAUAAUGUACACAACUGUGAGUUUAUCGCUGGGAAGGCAGAGGUGGCGCUUCCUGCUCUUUUAUCUCAGUUGAGCUCUGAAGGUGGAGGCCUUGUGACAGCUGUGGUAAACCCUGCUCGAGCUGGUCUGCACCACAGAGUGGUCCAAGCUUUACGAAACCAACCUACCAUCCGCAGGCUGGUCUAUGUUUCCUGUAAACCGGAUGGAGAAGCAAUGAGGAACUUCAAGGAGCUUUGUUGUGCUCCUGAUCCGCAGAAGAAACUGAGGGGAGAGGCUUUUUCUCCAUCUCUGGCUGUGCCUGUAGAUAUGUUUCCACACACUCGCCAUUGUGAAGUGGUGCUACUUUUUGAGAGGUAGCGGAUGCUUUUAGGUGGGAAUAAACCCUUUAAAAACUCUGGUUGCUUUGGAAAGCUACUGGGGUAAUAAUGAUGUACUGUAUGCUAAAUGAUAAUGGAUUAUCUUACACCCAUAGUUAACCCACACAGGUGAUUUAUUUUAUUUGCUUGAUUAAACAUUCUUUCCGGACUAUCAAUUAUUCUUUUUGCUGUAUAAAAUAUCAGAAAAGAGAUUCCAAGGUAUUGCUAUCAAGUUGCAUGUUUUUUCCCAAUAAACAGUCCAAAACAAUAUAUAAAUGACUCAUAUUUGAGAAACUAGAGCCAGCAAGUGCUGCCGAUUAAUUUUUUUGCAUAUCGGCUAAGGCACUGUGUGAAAAAGUGAAGAAUUUGAUGUUCAUUUAGGCAACUUACACCUUUUAGUUCAUGAAGUUUGGUAUUCUCCUUUAUACACGAAAGAUGUAAUUCUUCACUACCAGCUUGUGCUUUACUACAGCAGAUGAAAGGUGACCCGAGAGUGGAGGCAGUGUUACACAGUGUUUUUCCAUUAUCCAAGUUGAAAUUUUCUGCAGGGUUAUGAAACUGAACAUAUAUUAUCUCAGAUAUUCACAUUAUUGUGUCUGCCUCCUGUUGUAGUGUUUCGCUAUACCUGCCCUGCAGUAGCUGUAUUUGUGCUGCAGGUGGUGGCAUUGCAGUGUAUUCAGAGCCAUCUUUUUAUGAAAUAUGCAAUUCAUUCCGGUUUACUAAAGUUCAAUAACGUCAUGAGUGUAGACUGAGUGUCCAAGUUUUGUCACCGAGAGGUUACCACCGUUUACGUUAGGUCAUACACUGCAACAAGGCGGCCUUGCCUUUGAGAUAGAUACAAUGUUCUUUUACCUCUUGAGUUAAGUAAUGAUGAUGCUCAUGCAGAUUUGGCAGAAAUGGGAAAUGAACUAGAUAACACGGACAACUGCUGCCAAUGUGUCAGCAAAAUUUUAAAGAAUAAAAAAACACAUGUUUUUUCGCAAUAUAUUUGUGUGGUUUAUUGGCCAAAACCAUCUGCUUGAGACAAGCAAGUAAAAAGUCUGUUGCAUAUAAAAAUAAAGUCUUCGUUGCACACAAGUUUCACACCAACUUCCCCUUCUUAUUUUCAGAAGUUUCUGCCUACCUACUUUGGCUUUGACUGUGGUACCAACAUUUGAAUAAA